UGGUUGCUUCGGAGCUCCACGUGGGCGGCUCUGUUGAUCCGCGUCCCGAUGGGGAAAGCGCGGAAGGGGCGCAAUUGGCGGGCGCGGCUGCCGGGGUCGCCCGGGCGGGGGGCCCACGCUCCCCAGGAGCCUGUGCAGCUGGAACUGGGAGAUGAAACCAUCUUAAAAGGAGUGGACGAGAGCAACGCCCUCGUCCUUCCAUCUCGAAAACCCCGGGAGAAACCCGCCGCUUGCGAUAAAACUCCAAGGCCGAAGCCCCUGAGUAAGAAGCGGAAGAAAAUUUUGCAGAAGGUUUUGGAGCAGAAAGCCAAGAAAGAGAAGCGAGCUGAACUGCUGAAAAAGCUGAGCGAUGUCCAGGUGUCUGAGGCCGAAAUGAAACUCCUGUAUACCACUUCCAAGCUAGGGACAGGAAAGCGGAUGUUCCAGGCUAAAAGGUCGGUCCAAGAAGCAAGUGCCAGCUGGGGGAAGAAAAUCAAAAGCGUUGGCGGGGCAAAGAGGAAAAGAAGCAGGCUUGGAUCGGAGGAGGAGGGGGAAGAAGAAGAGGAACAGAUGGAGAAGGAAGAGGAGAGUGGGGAUUCGGGGGAGGAAGAACAGGUUGCAAAGGGACGCCCAGAAGCCUCUGCCAGCACAGAGACAGAAUCCAGAAAGACAGAAUCCUCCAAAUCGCCACUCGGCUUGCCAGAAAAACUUGAUAGACCUUCUGUGCCGAGGGAUGCUGCCUCUAAGCCCGUGUCAGAACCUGCAGUUUUCGUUCCGGUGGAUCGCUCCUCUGAGAUUCAGGAAGCCAGGUUGAAGCUCCCAAUCCUUGCAGAAGAGCAGGUCGUAAUGGAAGCCGUGCGGGAGAAUCCCAUUAUUAUCGUAUGCGGAGAAACAGGUUGUGGCAAAACCACGCAAGUGCCUCAGUUCCUCUACGAAGCAGGCUAUGCGAGCUCCAGCGGCAUCAUCGGGAUUACGGAACCUCGGCGUGUAGCAGCGAUAACUAUGUCUCAGCGUGUUGCAGCGGAAAUGAAUUUGCCACCCAGCGUGGUUUCCUACCAAAUCCGGUACGAAGGGAACGUGACGAAUGACACGAAAAUCAAGUUCAUGACCGACGGUGUGCUGUUGAAAGAAAUCCAGAAGGAUUUCCUGCUGUCCAAGUAUCACGUCAUUAUUCUUGACGAAGCCCACGAAAGGAGCGUGUAUACCGACAUCUUAAUCGGUCUGUUAUCUCGCAUUGUGCCUCUUCGAGCCAAGAAAGGGCAGCCGCUGAAAUUGAUCAUCAUGUCCGCUACUCUGCGAGUGGAAGAUUUCACUGCUAACCAGAAGCUGUUCCCUGUUUCUCCUCCAGUUAUCCAGGUGGACGCAAGGCAGUUUCCUGUGGCCGUUCAUUUUAACAAGAGGACUCCGCUGGAUGAUUACAGCGGGGAAUGUUUUCGGAAGGUCUGCAAAAUUCACCGAAUGCUCCCUACAGGGGGGAUUUUGGUAUUCCUAACUGGGCAGGCCGAAGUCCACUCGCUGUGUAGGAGGCUAAGGAAGGCCUUUCCCUUUUGCAGAAAUGCCACCCCAGGGCCUGAAGACGAGGACGAUUCUCUGGAAGCCCUCCGAAGAUUUAAGAAAUCCAGGCAGAAAAAGAAGCACGCACUUCAGACCCUACCCAAAAUUGAUCUGGAUAAUUAUUCUAUUCUGCCGGUUGAUGAAGGAGAUGAAGAUCGAGAGGCGGCAGGGGAUGAUGAUGAAGAAGCGACCUUGGCUGAUUCGGAUCUUGACCUUGAUCUGGGAGAAGAUUGCUUGCAAGAAGAUGAGAAACCGGAUUCUUCCCACCCUCUUUAUGUUCUUCCCCUCUACUCCUUGCUGGCUCCUGAGAAGCAAGCCAAGGUGUUCCGGCCCCCUCCUCCUGGGACAAGGCUGUGUGUCGUGGCAACAAACGUGGCAGAGACUUCUCUGACCAUCCCGGGCAUCAAAUACGUGGUUGACUGCGGGAAGGUCAAGAAACGCUUCUACGACAAGGUCACCGGCGUCUCAUCAUUCAAGGUCAUGUGGACCUCCCAGGCCUCUGCCAACCAGCGGGCGGGCCGAGCUGGCCGAACGGAGCCAGGCCACUGUUACAGGCUUUAUUCUUCGGCUGUGUUCAGUGAUUUUGAACAGUUCUCUGCUCCUGAGAUCACCAGGCGGCCUGUGGAUGAUUUAAUUCUCCAAAUGAAAGCGUUGAACAUUGAGAAGGUAAUCAAUUUCCCAUUUCCUACCCCACCGUCCACUGAUGCGCUGAUAGCUGCGGAGGAAUUGCUGGUAGCCCUUGGUGCCUUGAAGGCUCCUGCCACAUCUGGAAGGUUGGAAAAGCUGCAGGAAGCCAAGUUCAGCUGCCCCAUCAGCCCCUUGGGGGUCAUCAUGUCCUCCUUCCCUGUGGCUCCCCGUUACGCCAAGAUGCUUGCCUUGAGUGAACAGCACAACUGCCUGCCGUACACCAUCGCCUUGGUCUCGGCCUUGACGGUGAGGGAGUUCUUUGAAGAGUUCAACCGGCCUGCCAUGAGUGAAGAAGAGCAGGAGAACCUCAAAGGGAAGAGGGCCCGAGUGAUGCAGAUGCAACGGAUUUGGGCUGGGCAAGGACCCGCUCAGAAGCUGGGAGAUCUCAUGGUGAUGCUAGGGGCCGUGGGUGCCUGUGAAUACGCAGGAUGCACCCCUCAGUUCUGUAGCGCAAACGGCCUGCGCUACAAAGCCAUGGUGGAAAUCCGGCGCUUGCGUGGGCAGCUCACAACAGUGGUGAACACCGUCUGCCCUGAGGCCGAACUCUUCGUUGACCCCCAAAUGAAGCCCCCUGCAGAAGAGCAGGUCACUUUCUUGAGGCAGAUCGUCCUGGCAGGGCUGGGAGACCACGUGGCCCGAAGGAUCCAAGCUGAGGAACUCCUUGACGAGAAGUGGAAAAACGCCUACAAGUCGCCACUUCUGGACGAUCCAGUAUUCAUCCACCCCAAUUCCGUCCUGUUUAAGGCGCUCCCUGAGUUUGUGGUUUAUCAGGAAAUAGUUGAGACCACCAAGAUGUACAUGAAAGGGAUUUCAGCGGUUGAACCUGAGUGGAUCCCUCUUCUCCUGCCGCCCUACUGCCAUUUUGAAAAGCCGCUGGAUAAUCCUCCUCCGUUUUACUGUCCCGAAACGGGCCACAUCCGUUGCCACAGGCCAAGUGUCUUCUAUCGGGUCGGUUGGCAGCUUCCUGCAGUGGAGGUGGAUUAUCCGGAAGGCCUGGAUCGCUUCAAGCAUUUUGCCAAGUUCCUCCUGGAAGGGAAGGUUGUGAAAACUUUGGGAGCCUACAGCCGUUGCCUGCUGUCGAGUCCGGCCACGAUGCUAAAGACGUGGUCCAAGCUCCAGCCAAGGACAGAAUCCUUGCUUCAGGCACUUGUCUCUGAAAACGCCGACAACAGGGAAGCUUUGCGGCUUGCCUGGGAGAAGAAUCCAAAAUAUUUGUUGGCAGAAUAUUGCCAGUGGAUUCCAGAGGUUACCCACGAGGAAAUAGCUAAAAUGUGGCCUCCGGUGCUGUGACGCUGUUAAUGUUCAAGCCAGGAGCUCUGCAGCUUGUGUUCUCCCCGAAAACACCAUGGAAAAAAGCAAGAUCCGUAAUUGCACAAGGAAAGGGGAGAAGAAUUCAAGCUUUCUUCAUUUACUCCCAAGGAACAACCCGUGUGUGAUCCGUGACGUUGGCCUGCAAAGAAAUCAUACUGUGCAGAGGUGUUCCUUCUUGGUUGGGUUGAAUGCAAAAGCUGUCCAGUGGAAGAGAGAUUGCCUUUCCUUUCCUAUAAAAGAAAUAGAUCAGAGCGAUGUUUCCCAAUCUCAGCAACUUUGAGAUGUGUGGACUUCAACUCCCAGAAUGCCCCAGCCAGCAAAGUUGGAGAAACCCUGAAUUAGAGUCGCAAGGGACUCAAAUUCCAUUAAGCAGCAUUCAUUUUAAUCAUGGUUUUCUAGCUAAGCCACAAGGGUUGAGUUUUCACCCGGAAACCCAGGAACCGUGGCUUAGACGUCACAAUGGCUUGGUUCACACAAACACACUGAGCCACAAACGUACCGCAUUAAGGCUUCGCAGAGCCUACUCACCCUUCGUAUGUUCCAACCAUACAACUAACUGCAGUUAUUCCGGGGUUUGCAGAAAUGAAUGUCAAGAGAUGGCAUAUUAUAAUAUGCUACUGCUUGGGGGGGAAAAAAGAACUUCAUAGUUUUGAGUCUCUUCAUCUGUUUCUCUUCCUUUAAGGGCCCCCGUUGCUAAUCUUGGCAUUUUCUGAUCAUACCCACUGGGAGUCACGACCGUUUAUAAAUGUCAUGGGCUCAGUGUAUAUUGGCUCUCUUCGUUCUGUUAUUUAUUUUCCUUUGUUUAGACAUGCUCACCACUGAGAUGCUUUAAUCUGAGCGCCCAGGAGGGCACGAUGAGCAGAUUUUUCUUUCGAGACGCAGUUUCCUUCUGCUCCAGUUGCAAUUGUGAAAAUGCCCCCCCCUCAACAACCCUGUGUGCUUUGGAACUUGAUCAUCCAGUUGGAAAGGAUGAAGCAGGAUUGCGUUGGGUGGCCCAGUGCAUCAAUACCUUGUAAAAAAAGGAAUUUUCAAAUAUAAGAUGAGAGUUGUCUGGGGGAGGGGGGGAAGAAUCCCCUAAACUUUCCCACACAUCUUCUGGCCUUGAAGUACACCUAUAAUCAUUAUUUUUAAAAACAACCAAAGCAUUCCCUUGUUCGUAAAUUGGUGAUUGUCCUAAAUGAUGCCAUUUUCUAAAAUAAAUCAUUUUUCCUCCAAA